GCCCCGCGCCGGCUCCGCAGCUCGCGCCUGCCCGGCGCCGGGCCAUGGCGCUGCUGCAGAACGUGUCGCUGCAGGAUCCACGGGACCGCUUCGAGCUGCUGCAGCGCGUGGGGGCCGGGACCUAUGGCGACGUCUACAAGGCCCGCGACACGGUCACGUCCGAACUGGCCGCGGUCAAAAUAGUCAAGCUAGACCCAGGGGAGGACAUCAGCUCCCUUCAGCAGGAAAUCACCAUCCUGCGUGAGUGCCGCCACCCCAACGUGGUGGCCUACAUUGGCAGCUACCUCAGGAAUGACCGCUUGUGGAUCUGCAUGGAGUUCUGCGGAGGGGGGUCCCUGCAGGAGAUUUACCACGCCACCGGGCCCCUGGAGGAGCGGCAGAUUGCCUAUGUCUGUCGGGAGGCACUGAAGGGGCUGCAUCACUUGCACUCUCAGGGGAAGAUCCACAGAGACAUCAAGGGAGCCAACCUUCUCCUCACCCUCCAGGGAGAUGUCAAGCUGGCUGACUUCGGGGUGUCAGGCGAGCUGACAGCGUCUGUGGCCAAGAGGAGGUCUUUCAUUGGGACUCCAUACUGGAUGGCCCCAGAGGUGGCCGCCGUGGAGCGCAAAGGUGGCUACAAUGAGCUGUGUGACGUCUGGGCCCUGGGCAUCACCGCCAUCGAGCUGGGCGAGCUGCAGCCGCCUCUCUUCCACCUGCAUCCCAUGAGGGCCUUGAUGCUCAUGUCGAAGAGCAGCUUCCAGCCGCCAAAGCUGAGAGACAAGACUCGCUGGACCCAGAAUUUCCAUCACUUUCUCAAGCUUGCCUUGACCAAGAAUCCCAAGAAGAGACCGACGGCAGAGAAGCUUCUGCAGCACCCCUUCACGACCCAGCAGCUGCCUCGGGCUCUCCUCACACAGCUGUUGGACAAGGCCAACGAUCCCCACCUGGGAACCCCCUCUCCAGAAGACUGUGACCUGGAGACUUAUGACAUAUUUCCGGACACCAUUCACUCCCGGGGGCAGCAUGGCCCAGCCGAGAGGACCCCCUCGGAGAUCCAGUUUCACCAGGUGAAAUUCGGCGCCCCACGCAGGAAGGAAACAGACCCACUGAAUGAGCCGUGGGAAGAGGAGUGGACGCUGCUGGGGAAGGAAGAGCUGAGCGGGAGCCUGCUGCAGUCAGUCCAGGAGGCCCUGGAGGAAAGGAGCCUGACCAUCCGGCCAGCCUUGGAACUCCAGGAGCUGGACUCCCCAGAUGACACCAUAGGAACCAUCAAGAGGGCCCCGUUCUUGGGGUCAUCUCCCACUGAGCCUCCAACCAAGGACCUUCAACCCAGUCUCCCAGGAACUCCACCCCUACCGCACCCAGGCCCUGCCAGUCCUCCCCUGCUCCCCACCGCCUGGGCCACCAUGAAGCACCGGGAAGAUCCUGAGAGGUCAUCUUGCCAUGGGCUCCCCCCGACCCCCAAGGUGCACAUGGGCGCCUGCUUCUCCAAGGUCUUCAAUGGUUGCCCCCUGCGGAUCCAUGCUGCUAUCACCUGGAUUCACCCUGUCACCCGGGACCAGUUCCUGGUGGUGGGAGCCGAGGAAGGUAUCUAUACCCUCAACCUGCAUGAACUGCAUGAGGAUACACUGGAGAAGCUGAUUUCGCACCGCUGCGCCUGGCUCUACUGCGUGAACAACGUGCUACUGUCCCUCUCAGGGAAAUCCACACACAUCUGGGCCCACGACCUCCCAGGCCUGUUUGAGCAGCGGCGGCUACAGCAGCAGGUCCCCCUCUCCAUCCCCACCAACCGCCUCACCCAGCGUAUCAUCCCCAGGCGAUUUGCCCUGUCCAACAAGAUUCCUGACACCAAAGGCUGCCUGCAGUGUCGUGUGGUGCGGAACCCCCACACGGGCAGCACCUUCCUGCUGGCCGCGCUCCCCGCCAGCCUGCUCCUGUUGCAGUGGUACGAGCCGUUGCAGAAGUUCCUGCUGCUGAAGAACUUCUCCAGCCCCUUGCCCAGCCCAGCAGGGAUGCUGGAGCCGCUGGUACUGGACGGGAAGGAGCUACCGCAGGUGUGUGUGGGGGCCGAGGGCCCUGAGGGGCCCGGCUGCCGCGUCCUGUUCCACGUCCUACCGCUGGAGCCUGGCCUGACACCGGACAUCCUCAUCCCACCCGAGGGGUUCCCAGGCUCAGCCCAGCAGGUGAUCCAGGUGGACAGGGACACGGUCCUGGUCUGCUUUGACCGCUGCGUGAGGAUCGUCAACCUGCUGGGCGAGCCCACAGCCACGCUGGCGCCCGUGCUGACCUUUGACUUCCCCAUUGAGACUGUGGUGUGCCUGCAGGACAGCGUGCUGGCCUUCUGGAGCCAUGGGAUGCAGGGCCGCAGCCUGGACACCAAUGAGGUGACCCAGGAGAUCACAGAUGAGACGAGAAUCUUCCGAGUGCUCGGUGCCCACAGAGACAUCAUCCUUGAGAGCAUUCCCACCGACAAGCCCGGGGCUCACAGCAACCUCUACAUUCUCACAGGCCACCAGAGCAGUUACUGAGCAAGUCACCUAGCUGGCUUGGCCAGGGGCACCCCCGCCUGCCCCACACAGCAAUUCUUUCAGGCAGGGGGCCCCUCCGAGAUCAGAGGAGCUCAGGCCCUGGUUCUGCUGGUCUGAAAGGGCAGAAAUCCUGAGAAGAGUCUGGGGGCUGGGGAAGGGAGGGGCCCGCAGCCCAUACCUCCGCAAUAACUGGACCAGAAGAAGCUGCUGUCAUAUCCUCCUCCCAAGCGGGCAGCUGGUCCCCAGAGCGCUGUGGCAGGGCCCUGAGCAGUUUGGGGGCAGCCCGGGGCUAUCCAUUCCAUUUUGUUCCACUUUUCCUUUCCACUCAUCCUGCCAAGAGCCUGCCCCUGCGCUCCAUCCUGGGGAACGUGGUAUUUAAAAGAGAGACUAUAUUGGCAUUAAAGCUGGUUUGAUUUUA